UAAGUGUAAGAAGAAUAAAAAAAAUUAAAAAAAAAAAUUAAUGAAUUUUUUUUUUUUCUCAUAAAAAAGAACACACGAAAAAAAAAAUUAAAACUAAGCAAAAAUGAUGAAUACUUGAAAAAUUGAAUAGCCAAUUUCAGAGCUUACUAAAACAAAAGAAUUAUCUACAAAAAAAAAGAUUCGUUUUCAAUAGAGGAGACUGGUACGAAAAAAAAUAAGCGUUCCGAUUAAUUAUUUACUUUUUAUUCAAUCUUUCAAUAUCUUUAUUAAAUCAGCUUAAAAACAAAUCGUAAAAACCAUAUGAUUAUAGUCUAUAGUAUUGUAUGGGCGCUUAAACUUAGUUACCAAUCUAUUCAUUAUGACGAGUAUUAGUAAAAAGCACAUUUCACCUGUAUUAAAUUGUAUAAAAGAGUUCGCUGUUCAUUUUCAUUGAAUUUGAUAUUAAAUACAAUUCAAUGACAGAUUUCGACUAAUAACUUGGUACAUUAAACAAAGCAAUUGCAUAGUUAAUUAUAAAGUAUAGUUUAACAAUCUUACUUUUGAUUUUUUAUUGCCAAAAACAAGCAUUGCGACGCAACAAAAUAAACUCAUGUUUGAUUUAUUAUAACCACAUCUUUACGGUUAAAAAAAGUUUAAAGCGGUUUAUAGAGAUUAUUAUGUGUAUAUAAAUAUAAUAGAAUAAAGAGAUUGAACUUUAUAUAUAGAAAAUACUUAUAUAAAAGAAAAUAAUCUAUAAACCAAUGGAUAGUAUUAAAAACUCCGAUGAGAAUACCAUAGCCACAUCGUCUCCUGAAGAACGGUGUCUUCAAAGUCCGUUGUUUUCACAACAUUUAGAACUUGAUCCGUUUGGAGAGAAUUAUAACGAAGAUGAAGAAUGUGGCGAAAACUCAUCUCUCGGAAGCGACGACGGUUCUAAAGUUGGACUUCGUCGUGAAGUCGGAUUUGCUGGAUGUUUGUCCUUAGUUGUUGGAGUCAUGAUAGGAAGUGGAAUUUUUGCUUCUCCUUCAGUUGUUUUUAAAAAUGCAGGAAGCGUUGGAAUGAGUCUUGUUUCUUGGGCAGGAUGUGGUUUUAUAUGCAUAUUGGCAUCACUGUGUUAUGCUGAGUUAGGCACAGCCGUACAUGCUUCUGGUGGAGAAAAAACUUACUUAUCGUUAGCAUUUGGUGACUUAGCAGGGUUUUUAUAUAGUUGGACAGCAAUUUUAAUUGUAAAACCGGCUUCAAUUGCUGGAGUUGCCAUGGCGUUUGCAAAUUACGUUUUAGAACCUUUUUUUCCUGGUUGUCAAACAGAGCAUACUUAUCUGAUGAAAAUGGUUGCAGCUUGCGGAAUCGGCAUAAUAGUCUUCGUAAAUUGUUCCAGUGUGCGAUGGGCUACAACUAUUCAAGUUAUAUUUACUGCGGCUAAACUCAUCGCAAUACUUAUUCUUAUUAUUACUGGACUCGUUCGAUUGGGGCAAGGCUUCAAUGGAAGUUUUACAAACGCGUUUGAAGGAACAAGUGAAAGUAUUUCGGAUAUCGGUUAUGCAUUUUAUGGCGGUUUGUGGGCGUAUGAUGGUUGGAAUAACUUGAACUAUGUAACUGAAGAAUUAAAAAAUCCAACACGUGAUCUUCCUCUAGCUAUUAUGAUUGGAAUUCCGUUGGUGACAGGAUGCUACGUAAUGGUUAAUAUUGCUUAUCUAACAGUACUGACAUCAGCAGAAAUAGCAAGUUCAAACGCUGUUGCUGUGACUCUUGCUCAUCAGCUUUAUGGAGUUAUGGCGUGGAUAAUUCCGGUUUUUGUAGCGUGCUCUACUUUUGGAGCCGCAAAUGGUUCGGCGUUUACAAGUGGCAGGUUAGUAUAUGUUUCUGCUAGAGAAGGACAUAUGCCAAUUUUAUUAGCAAUGGUGCAUACUAAAAGGCACACACCAGUACCUGCUCUAGUUUUUACGUGUGGAAUCGGCAUUCUUAUGUUGAUUCCGGAAUCAUCAAACUUCAGCAGCCUCUUAAACUAUUUUAAUUUUGCAGCAUGGACGUUUUAUGGGGCAACAAUAGCUGCUCUUUUGUGGCUUAGGUACAAACAGCCGGAUUUAAAGAGACCAUACAAGGUGUUUAUAGGAAUUCCGAUUGUCGUACUUUUGUGCGCAGUUUAUCUGGUUGUUGCACCAUUUUAUAACUACCCCGUGAAUUCUUCAUACUGCCUAAUAUUUAUCUUGUUUGGAAUUCCGGUCUACUUUGCAUUUGUCAAAUACAAAAUUACGCCAGUAUGUUUAGUCCGUCUAAUAGACACAGUAACUCGAAAAAUUCAAAUAUUAGCAGAUUUGGCUAUGCCUGACGUCAUAGUUGAAGAAGUUGAAAAACAUGAAAAAGCAUAAUUAGUUAUUUUUUUACUCAAUUAGUUGGCAACUUAAAAGUUUCAACUUUUAACAACACAAAAUAAGCGAAGUCAAUUGAGGAGUAACUGUCCAGUAACUGUCUUCAUUCUACAGUUGUCCGAUAACUGCUUCCGCUAGCCCAGUAACUGCUUCCACUACACGUUUGUUCGAAUUAUUGCCUUCAAAAUUUAAAAAAAUUAUAACAAAGAAAAAACUUGUUGUUGGUA